AUACGGCAACUCCAAAAAACCCCCAAGUACAUUUCUACAAGGCGUACACUCCUGUAUUCUAAUAAACAUUUUUUUUCUUUCCAUGCAUUAUUUCACUUUGAGUAACCGGGCCGCCGCUGCCAAGGGAAUACAUUUCCAUGGACACCACGUAUCGGAUCGAAAUCGACGCCUUUCUCAGCUAAGGCAACAUUCUUGCAUCUGUUAGCAAAAAAAAAAAAAAAAAAAAAAAAAACUUGCUAGCUAAAGGAGGCUAGCGUCGAGCGUUAGCAUGUUAGCCUAGCGUGCUAACCAGUGGCAACUGACUAAAAGGUAACCAUGCAGGAAUGAAAAGUGUCCGACCGCUGUGACCCUGCUAUCGUUUCGGACCCCAUCACUUUUGGCAUCCUCCAAAUAGCCUGCAAGGUGACCUGUCAGGAUUUUCUGUCAGGUUCUAUGGAAACCUGAACCAUGUGAGGGUCGCUGAGUCGUGUCCGCGGGAAUCCCAAGACUGUUGCAGAAACGACCCCGCUGUGCGGGGUUAAAGACUGACCCUGUCUUGUCCCUAAAAAAGUGUGCCUCCGUGGCCCCUUAUCCCCAGCCACACAUUCCUGUUCUCCUUUUCCUAAAAGGAGGCACGCCAUGAUGUUCCGAGACCAGGUGGGUGUCCUCACAGACUGGUUUAAGGACUGGAAUGAGUGCGAACAGACGGUGGCACUGUUGUCCCUCCUGAAGAGAGUGUCGCGCACCCAGGCGCGCUUCUUACACAUAUGCCUUGAACACUGGCUGGCAGACUGCACAGAGAUCCACAUCCUGGAAGCUGAGGCCAACAAUGCAGCCAUUGUCAACCAGUGGCACCAGGAGCCGAAGGAAAAAGUGGUGUCUCUGCUCCUCUCCCAUCUGCCUUUGCUGCAGCCGCGCAACAGCGAGGCCAAAUGUGAGUACAUGAAGCUGCUGCAGGAGGUGUUGAGUCACACCAUUGAGAGUAGCUCGUUUGUGGAGGAGAGCAGACAGCUACUCUCCUACGCGCUCAUCCACCCCGCCACCACGCUGGAAGACCGCACGUCUUUAGCCAUGUGGCUAAACCACCUAGAGGAGCACCUAUCCAGUGGGUACAUGCCCUCAACGCGGGCGCCCCCCAGCCCCUACCACCCACGCAAAGGCUCGGAUGAGUGGCCCAACUCUGCCGAGGCCUUGGAGCCCGGGCACCCCUGGCACGACAAGUCUCCCUCAUCCAGCACGUCUCCUGCAGGCCAGAACGGGCACAUGGCUUUUCCGGGCGGCUUGUCCUCUCCUGUCAACAGCAAUAACACAGACCUCUCCACAUUCCCAGGUCUUGGUGGGCAGAUGCAGCCCAGCCCUCUGAAGAAGUCCAUGGCCCUCAUCCCUUCCAGUCCCCAGGCUUGUGGCUCCGAGUGGGGCAGCCAGGAUGACACCGGGAGCCGGCAAAGCUUCCUCCCAUCAGAUCACGCGCCCUUGUCCCCUCAGAGCAGUGUGGCCUCCUCGGGCAGCGAGCAGACUGAAGAGCAGAGCUCCGCACGCAACACCUUCCAGGAGGAGGGCAGUGGCAUGAAAGACGUUCCUGCGUGGUUGAAAAGUCUUCGUCUUCACAAAUAUGCAUCGCUUUUCUCCCAAAUGGCUUAUGACGAGAUGAUGAUUCUUACAGAGCAUCACCUGGAAUCACAGAACGUCACUAAGGGAGCACGCCAUAAAAUUGCCUUGAGCAUCCAAAAACUGCGUGAGAGGCAGAGUGUGCUCAAGUCUCUGGAAAAGGACAUUUUGGAAGGAGGAAACCUGCGUAAUGCCCUGCAGGAGUUGCAGCAAAUCAUCAUCACACCCAUCAAAGCGUAUAGCACACAGAGCGCAACACAGACCCCCCAGGACCCGCUCAGUUCUCCUUCAGAAGCCACAAAGUCGGCGGCGGAUAAAGAAGCGGCUCCGGAGGGCUUCCAUUCCCAAAACACGCCUCCCUGUGAUGGAGACUCAUCGGCAACACCCAUCCCAGAUGGCGACAUUGCCGGACAGUUCACCCGGGUCAUGGGCAAGGUGUGCACGCAGCUGCUCGUGUCCCGGCCAGAUGAGGAGAAUAUCAGCUGUUACCUCCAGCUCAUUGAGAAGUGUCUAACACACGAGGCUUUCACAGAAACGCACAAGAAGCGUCUGGUAUCCUGGAAACAGCAGGUCCAUAAACUGCUCCGCCUAGUCCCCCGGAAAGCCAUGCUGGACAUGCCCGUGUACCGACAGAAAGGCUGGGCCUACGGUUCCAACUCCCUCCCCACAGCAGGCUCUGUGAGUGGAGGUGUGGGCAGACGGGGUCAGAGGCAGUUCCAGAUAACCCCUAGGGGACUUCAGGCUGGGCGUAUAGGACUGUUGAGUCCUGGUGGGAUUGGGGGCGCCUCUCCUCGCCACACACUCACUAACCCUUCGCUGGCAGGCCAGGGUCGACAAAGUCUGUGGUUUGCCAACCCAGGGGGCAGUAACAGCAUGCCAAGUCAAAGUCGAAGUUCUGUGCAACGGACCCACUCGCUUCCUGUCCACACCUCCCCGCAAACCAUGCUCAUGUUCCAGCAGCAAGAUUGCCAAGUUCCAGGAGCUGACCUGGAGAUCAACCCUACGCUGGAGUCGCUGUGCCUCAGUAUGACAGAGCACGCCUUAGGGGAUGGAACCGACCGGACAUCGACAAUAUGAAAGAGAGGAAAAAAAGAUACUUGAGGCCUGUUCAGUUCCUCAUCACCCAGCACAAAGAUUUACGUACGCUCAAGAAAACCAGGCAAAGCAGUCACUACAUAAUGACAAAAAAACUGUGUAUAUGUUCUAAUAUUUUUGUACUUUAUUAUAUACAACUAAGUUUAUUAAAAGAAAAUAGAAUACAGAUAAUUAUUAUAUUGCAGGGCGGUGAGGAAGGCUAACAGCCGUGUCACUUGCAGGACUGUGACACGGCACAACUUGAGAGAAAAGGAUCGGUGCUGUCUUAAAACGGCCCCCUCCCGAGUUUUUCUUCUUUUCCCUUAUUCCCGAAACAGAGCGACAAACACGGCCUCUCCCCUACACCGCUUUGUGUGUAGAUCAUGCAAAAUCCCAGCCCGAUGUAAGGCACUUUUAUACAACUAACGUCGGCACUAGACUGUAAUUGGCAAAAAAAAAACAACACACUUCCUGAAGGAGUACCGACAAGGUGUACUCUCUCCUCUCCGGUGUGGACGUUUUGUGGCAUCAAAACUGCAAACACGAGAAGAGGAGCACGUAACUUAGCAGGUGUUUUUUUUUUGGACGCCUGGGAGGAAGUCAUUCCUCUUCUUAACCUUUACAAAGCCAAAGAGAAGGUUUAUUUGGGAGGGAUACAUGAAUGCAACAGAAUGGUUUAACUUUAAAACAAAAAAAAAAGCAGUACGUCGGCUGCAAUUUGUCUCGUUGUUUUAACUCCCUACCGCGCAAACGAUGAUGGAUCUCGCGCCGUGCCGAGGAGGGUCGUGCUAUUAUCGCACAAGAGCUGAUUCGACUCUAAACUCGAUAACAUCCGGAGUGUUCAUACUUGAACAGGCGGCUCUUUUUUGUCGCGCCCUCGUCCUCAACGCGGCCGACGUGACGAUUUGAUGAAUCGUGCGUUCCAAGGUGCUCGAAGAUGUCCAUAUUUUUUUCCGUUCGUGUCUGUGUUUCAGUAAAAAAAAAAAAAAAAACCUCGACAUUAUCAAGUGGUAUCAGUGUUUAAAAAAUAAAAUAAAAUAAAUAACAAAAAAGCGGUCUUCUAACAACCUCUGUCUUGGAAUGUGGCAGAGUGGAGGUGCAUGUGCGUUGAAUGUGGUCGUUUUUGGGUCACUCGUUUGGUUUUUGGUUGCAUCAUGAGGCAGGAAGGAACCAUUGACAUUUUAUUUCAGCAGAUGCUCAUAUAGACACCUGUGUUUUUUAUUCUCCCUUGAUAUUGAUAACUUAUGCUUAUUUUCUAUAAUCGCAUGUUUUUGCCACACUAAAACAGCACUGUCGUCGAUAAGAGGACACGACGAGCGGAAAUCUCGCAACUAAAGUUGUGUUUAUAACGCCUGUUUACAUCUCUAAGAUAACGCCCGCUUCAUAUGUGAUGUCCAAAUUUGGUAGAAGAAGAAGAAAAAAAACGCUUUACCCCUUUUUCUAUGGACUCCGAAGUUGAAAUUGGUGACCAUCACGUCCCGACGAUAUGUCCAUGGGGUGCCUGAAACCGCACAUGUUCAUUUCCUUGAGUCAUGAUUUUUCUUCAGAGCAGGCUCUUAGGAUAGAUCUGACUUACUGAGGAAAAAAAAAACAGAAAAAGCAUCACACUCGUGCCCAGCAAGGACCUCAAAAGAGCUGACUCAGCGUGCGAUCCGCUCCGACUCGUGUUGCGUCUGGCUCAGACGGUCCUUUUCAUAGCCUAGUCCGUGCGAGCGCUGCACACGAGAGAGGUAGAGAAUAGUGCAUAGUAAAGACGCAGCAGGGUAUGACGAUGCUUCUCUGAGCCACAGUCAAAAAGAGUCAUCCAAACACUACACAACAACUGGCCAAGGAAUAUGUUUACUCCAUGUUUACAUUCCAGUGAUGCAUAAAAAAAGAAAACAGUGCAAGAGAGUGCACUUUUCUGCACAGUAAACAAACAUCCACUCGGAUGAACAGUGACAUUGAGAUCAUUGCUGUCCCUGCCAAGCUUUAUUAACGACUUAACAGCGACGCACUCGACAUUUGCUUUUGUCUUUAAACAGUUUAUAUUUCAUUCUGGUCAAUUUGCAGAUGUUUUCUAAUGUUUUAUGAAAUCUUGUGCAUCCCAUCGCUUACUUUUGAGUAAGUCAUAUUUGUGAAUGGUCUGAAGUGCAGCAUCUGUCGGAUCCUUUUGACAGUCCAAAUAAAGAGGUUCAGUUUGUUUGUUUUUUGCAACAGAA